GCUCUUCUGCUCGUCGCCGAUCCUUAUAUUCAUGUACAAGUUUUUGAAUACUCGAAUGUACGUGUUUAAUUUACACGUAUUUGUUGAUAACCUGACGCCGCUUGUCCUUAUCCAUCGCUUGCCUCCGCCAAUUCAAGCAAAUCAGUACCACUUGUCGUUAUAAUUGCCUAAUUAUAGCAUAUAUGUUAGAACCGAUGUGAUUAAGUUUAUAAAUAUUAUAACAAUGUUUGACAAGUAAAAUAACAAGAUCAGGAGGGUGUUUCAUAAAAAUUCUUAAGUGCUCGACUUAACUAAGUCUAAACUUAAGUCUUUGUUUUGUACACUUACGUGUUAAUUUUGAAUAUUUAAGUCUGACUUAAGUCUAGACUUAGUUAAGUCGACCACUUAAGAAUUUUUAUGAAACAUCCUCCGAAGACACAUGGUUCCAUGAAACUAAAUAACAUUGAUUGGAUGUAGUAUCUUGUGAUUAGGAUUGAAGCCUAUACUCUUUGCUUCAUAGUUUAAUAAAAAUAGAUCUCAGGUUUUACUCAAUGGAUGACAUCUUAAGUUAAGGACCGACGAUAUAAUCCAAGUCGAUCUCGAUUACUAUUGAUUAUAUAGAGAUUUUAUCCUAACUUGGUAUUUUUGAUAAGAUGUAGUCAAUAGAAGUUGACAGAUUCACUGAACAAUGUAGACAAGAUUUAUAGCAGAAUAUUCCUCACAAUCUAUGCAAAAACUAUAUAGGUUGUUACAUUGUUACAGAAUAUUCACAGACUAUUUGCAGAAUUUUGAAAAUUUUUGUAGAUAUUUUUACUUUUAUAAAAUAUUUCUCUGUAUAUCUCAAAGAAUUGAGAAUGGGAUUCAAAUUCAAAACGUUCUCAUCUUCAAAUUAGUUGAAUCUGAAAAUUUGCAGUCUAUGUGUUUAACUGUUAAUCGUUAAUUCUAGUAUUAGCAUCCUGUGUGCGAAAACUAUCCAAAAAAUAACGCAGUUGAAACGUCGUAGAGUUUCAAUCGACUGGAGUACAGUUCAAUCAAGGAAUUGAGUAAAUGCUUUUACAUAAACCAUUGAUUAAGUUUUUAUUGUGGAAACUAUGUCAUUUAAGGGGAAGUGCAACAUUUUGAUACAGACUUGCCAUUCCAAAUUAUACACUAGAUGAUCAAAUCAGUUCAAUCAUAAACGCUCUAAAGAAAUCUAGCAAUGUACAGGUUUUUGCCAGUAUAUAACAUAUGUGGAGCCGACCUGUUGUUUUCGUUUAUGCUGCAUAAAAACGCUUGCUAUUUAGCGCACAUUGAUCUUCCUUCCUGUAUAGUCAAAAUUUUCUUACAAGGACAAACAUCAUCUAUUAAUUUUUUUUCUUGCCCUUUUUUGUAUAGAAAAAAGCCUAAUUAAUCAGAAUAAAUAUAGAUUGAGAUCAGUCAUUCAAAAAUUUUCUAUUUUAUUUUUGAUUAUUGCUGUUUAUCUAAAUAAAUAUUAGCUGACAUACGCAUACACAUUUGGUUUAAUUUGUACGCCCAAAGUUGAACUUGAAUGUGUUUUAUUUAUUCACCACACUAUCUUUCAUUUUCAUUCAUCGUAGAACUACACUUUGCUCUUUUACUUUUCUUAAAUCAACAAAAAUGAGUCAUUACCAUCAGUAGACAAUUGAAAAUUAUUAGGUAAAAUACAAUUGUUCCCUUAAAACAGCAACUUUUUUGAAAGUUGAUUAGAUAAAAAGUAAGUAUUUAACUACCUCUGAACUUCAAAAGAAUGAAAAUGACUAGAUAUAAAUGUAUGUAUAUUUCUAAUCGAAUGUGAGUGACAACUUAAGGACAAGAAGGGAUAUUUGACUGAACUAUUUUAUCUACUCUCUUGAAUUUUUCCUCAUUAAUGAUAGUCACAAUUGAAAACUUAAAUAAAUGUGAGUUUAGUCUGCGUUUUUGAAUAAAUAUUGUAGAAUAUGUUUUUAUUUUCUUUCACAGUGUAUUCUGAAUACUAAACUACAGUUUUCUGAAAUCCAGCAAACAUACAAUUCUCUGUCAAUUUAAAAUGAUAUUCGAUACGUCAUUCUUCUCUUCGAUCGUGUUCAUCUGUAUUAUACUAUUAAUAAUUAGUUUUGUUCUAUCUUAUACACUUGGAAUUGUUAUGUCAAAUAUUAAACAACAAAAUGCUGAAAUAAAAUCAUCAAAAAACAACAACGAUCAAAAUAUAAUACUUUAUUUAAAUCCAUUAUCCGAUAUUAAUUUAGUUUGGGAUGAAAUCGAUACUAAAUUAAUAAUUAAUUCUGUACAAUUAAAAUUACAAGAUGAUAAUAUAAAUGAAUUUUCCUCUGAAUUAUCUGAUGAUGCCGUUUGUGAAUUUUCUGAUUGUUUUGAAUUAGAACUAGAAAAAUCUUUAGAAUGGAAUAAUGAUAAUUAUGAUGGAGAUCUAGACGAUAUUUGGAUAUCAAAUGAGAAAACGAGACGAAAAGGAAGCGAUUGGUCGUUGUACAAUAUGGCUUAA